GUGUGUGAAAACCUGCAGGGGGCGCCAGAGAACUCCCAGGGAGUCCUGUGACAAUGCUUUAAAAGUCUUUGGAGCAACGAGAGCCCUUUGCAAUGCACGCAUUUGAUAUUCCCUUAUAAGGCAACUUCUGUGUAAACAAUGCAAGAUGAGACCGUAGGACAAUUUAGGGACAUUAUGAUUUUUUUUAAACUACAAUUGAUGUAAAGUGAGAUGUAAAGUGCAAAAAGCACCGGAAUAGUUGCUUUAUUUCCAAAAAAUGUGCAAUAACCAAGUUACGUUGUAAGCAUAUGUAUAUAUAAGGACGUCAAAAAGGCUUGGAAAAAACCCACAUCUCUUAGAGAAAUGAAAUCAGCAUUAAAAUUCACACGCAAGACACUGGCACAACCCCAAAAAUGAAGCAAAAUAAACGAAAAGGUGGGGGUGGCAUUAAAGGCUUGAAAGCGGAGGGGAGGGCCGGCGGGGGCUGCGAGGGGAGGGAAACAAUAGCGAAUCAAAGCAUAAUAAUAUUCCUAAAUGAAGAGGGAAAUGUUGCAGCGCUCAUUUUAUUAAUCAGACUGUCAAAGUGAGCAAGGCGGGAGGCCAAAAAGGGCCAAAGAGCUGCGAGGUGCGCCCUCAAAUCCUCACUCACUCCUCUUCUGCUCUCCUCUUGGAUAUUAUUCGUCUGACCGAAGGCCGCCUCCAUCAUCAACUGACAGCCCUCUCCUAUUUAUUUGCUGAUAAACCUGUUACAAUAAAUGAUCAUUGGAGUCGCGUCAGCCUGCAGAGAGUAUUUUUUUUUUGGAGGGGGGGGGGUGAAUGACAUAUUGUCGGCGUGCAGGGGAGGAUGCCAGGCACAUUUUGAGCACGCUCUCCUCCAUUUCUUUCAUUUAUUGCGUGUUGCUUAUAAAACGCUUUAGAGACCUCGCAGAGACACUUGCAUGCGGAUUGAGCUCCCGCAUCCAGCCCCCCGCACAGGACCACUUUUCUUCUUCCUCCUCCUCAUCCUCCCCGCACGCCUUGAUGAUGGAGAGGAUAAGAAAGGAGAUGAUACUGAUGGAGAGGGGGCUGCAUAGUCCGGUGGCCGCCAAGAGGCUCUCCGAUUCGGCCGGCAAUUCCGUGCUGGAGGCCCUGGAGAACUCCCCGCACGGAGGACGCCUCAGCCCGAGAAUCACGUCCGCGUCCUUGCACGGGAGUCUCGCGGACAUGCCCAGUAAAGGCAAGUUCGAGAUCGACAGCCUCUUCGGGUCACACCAGGGUAGCGAGCAGAGCCCCUCGGCGGACAUUUCGUCGUCUGAGAGCCGGAAGAAGAUGAGCCUUUACUCGGAAGUGUCCCAGGAAUCGGACAUCAACAGUGAUGUGGAAGUGGGCUGCCCCACGCAUCGCUCGCCAAGUCAGCACAAGGAAAACAACAAAGGUUAUUCAGAUUCUGGCUCGUCCAACACAAGUUCGAGCUCCCUGUCCGGUAUGAACGGAAACUCCACGGGGGCGUCCAACAACAACUCCAACGCUGAUCAGGUCAGGAGGUACCGGACAGCCUUUACCAGGGAGCAAAUCGGCCGGCUGGAGAAGGAGUUUUAUCGGGAAAAUUACGUCUCCAGGCCGAGGAGAUGCGAACUGGCCGCUGCUCUCAAUUUGCCUGAAACCACCAUCAAGGUGUGGUUCCAGAACCGGCGCAUGAAGGACAAGCGUCAGCGGUUGGCCAUGUCGUGGCCCCACCCGGCGGACCCCAGCUUCUACACCUACAUGAUGACCCACGCGGCGGCCACGGGGAGCCUCCCGUACCCGUUCCACUCUCACAUGCCCCUGCACUACUACCCGCACGUCGGCGUGACGGCGGCCGCUGCCGCCGCAGCCGCCUCGGGGGCGGCGUCGUCGCCCUUCGCCACUUCCAUCCGGCCCCUCGACACCUUCCGCGCCCUCUCCCACCCCUACUCACGGCCCGAGCUCCUGUGCAGCUUCCGCCACCCGGGACUCUACCAGUCGCCGGCGGGCCUCAACAGCUCCGCUGCGGCUUCGGCGGCGGCGGCCGCGGCGGCUGCUGCGGCGGCGGUCGGCGCUCCGUCAGCCGGCGGGCCCUGCUCGUGUCUCAGCUGCCAUAGCAGCCAGGCGGCCGGCGCGCUGAGCUCGAGGGCCGCCGGCGCCGGAGCCGACUUCACCUGCACGGCAUCGGGACAAAGGUCGGAGAGUGGAUUUUUGCCCUACUCGGCGGCUGUGCUCAGCAAGACCUCCGUGCCCUCGCCGGACCAACGAGAGGAGACAUCACUCAACAGAUAACUGUCAACAACACUCAACGGCCCGAUUUUUUUCUUUCUUUAUUUUUUUUACCCUCAAACCCAGCUUUAUUUUCAACACAGACACACAAUCCCUCUUUCUCUGUUUUUAAAUAUAAGUUUAUUUAAUUGUUUAGAAUGCCCGAUCUACCGAACUCGUUAAAAAGCUAAAAGACCAAUUUCAUC